CCCCCGGCUGACGUCACAGGCUAGAGCUGGCCUUUGGCUGGGUGAUCUGAUACAGAAAACUAUAAACAGUAACGAGGGGGAACUACUUUUGAAGGUCCUGAUGGCACUACAUUUCGUGAUUAAGAUGUUGAUGCAAAAUGCGGCUAACCUUCGGGACAUUAUGGAAAAACUCCCUCGCGAGGCAAACAACUUCCUGCACAAAGCAUCGACCCUGAGGGCUCCAAGUCUACUCCUGUGCACCCAAACACUCCACUUGCCUUACGGGUAGUCGUGAUCCGGACCGCUUUUUUUUUUUCUUGUAGUCGGCGUGGUUGCACAAUAAUUUUCCCCUUUUCUCGCCUGUUGACUCUUGAAAGGUUUGAAGGAGGGAAAGAAGGAGUCAGUCCGCACGUUGUGCCUGAAGGAACAGGUUGCACGCCGUCAGAGCAGCGUUACGGUUGCUUGCGGACUUCAUUCCCUGCCCUCGUGUACCCGAGUUCUUUGUGUGAGUCUCUAUUGGCGGCUUUCCCAGGGUGCCGGCUGAUGAUGACAAGUGGCCAGUACAGCUUCCCGCCUGUCAGCAGCAGUCAGGUGGAUGCAACGAGGGUCAGUACGGACACGUACCGCUCGCCCUUUGCCCCGGAUGGCCACGUCCACUUCGUCUGGAGUGACCACGCCUCGCCCCUGCCGCAGAUUCUCAAGGACCAUUCUCUCCCACUUGUUGUCAAGCUUCCAGACGACUCAGUUGUUCGGGCACAGAAAGAUAACUCUCUGGACUUCCGCCAGCCAUUGCUGCUGUUCCGUGAACACCAAGAGUCGCGGCUGUACGCGCGGAGUGUCAGCGAGGAGGAGGGAACCUGGAUGGAAACGGGACCUUUCGUCGUUAUCCCUGCUAACUACCAGGGACUCUUCAGGCCGGUGGGUCAGGCCGCCAAGCCCGUGACCUCCGUGUCCACGCUGGCUCGGGUCAUGCCCCUGAGCUUCCUGUCCACAACAACGUGCGAGGGCUACCUGUGUGUCAGUCCUCUCGAGUCGGACACAGUGUACCGGAAGUGCCCUCUACCUGUCGGCCUCUACCUUGUGCGGGACGUGCUGGAGGACCACAUCAGCGUCCACCGCAGUGGCCGUAAGAACCACAAAACCAAGCUCGUCAGGUGCCUUAGAUGCAUGAACGACCACAGCACCAUCGUGUUGUUCCCCCUGAAGACGCAAGGGGAGUUUUUUGUUGCUGGUGUGGAGGCGACCUCCCCUCGCCACGCCUCAGUAGACGAGUCUUCACGAGUGUACCACUGGCCAGAACUCUUCAAGCCCAGCGUGCAAAGCAGUCCAUCGACGUUUAUCCUCGUGUACGGUAAACCACCGUCUCAAGAGUGCAACUUCACUGGCGUUGUUAAUUUCAAACACGUGACCGCAGAGCAUACUGUGAUUGGCUGCACGACAGCAGAUGAGAAUCCGACGUUGUUUGAACUGUCGGUCAGAGGAGGUUCAAAGUUCAUCGUGGCCUUGAACGAAGACAACGUGGAUGUCGAGCUGUCUCUCAACAAGUGUCUCAAAUUCGCAAAACAAGAGUGUGAUCGUUAUGUUUCUGACAUUAAGGUCAGACGAGAUUAUGAAAUAGACAAUCUGGAGAUACGUGAACCCCAAACAUAAUGUAAAUAUUGUACAUAAUAAUGCAUACAUUGUUGAAUUGCUAGUUUAAUGUGUGUAUAUAUAUAUAUCCAGUACAUUUCCAGCUCUCUGUAUUUUUUGCUAUGUAUAUGCUAUGCCAGAUUUAGGAUCACACGUAUUUUAGCGGCAGUGUGAAAAUUUUUAUACUUCUUUUUCUAUCUGUAGCUAUUUGUAUACAAUUUUAUAUGUCGAAUUGACCGAUUCGCCUAAGGGAAACAGUAAAAACAAAAAGUCAGGCUGAAGGUGAUAUUUUUUGACGAUGAUCCGAUUACACAUCUCGCCCGGUCUCAAUAGACUGAACGACUGAACCACUGGGGAAAAAAAAGUCUGCUGAUGGUGCUUCUUUCAUUUGUAUCACGAGAUAGACGUGUAGCCAAUAUUUUUCUUCACUGGUUAACAUUUCAGUAGUUGCUAUGCCAAUAUGAUUGCGCAAAGUUGUCGCUAGGUUCACCAGAUUCUAGCACAACUGAUGUGUUGUUACAGAGUACCUAAUGAUUACUUUCUCUUUUACCAUUCCAGGGUUGGAUGUGUUGUUCCACAGACGCUGUAAAUAGUGAAACUAGGGGGCGAUGAUUUAUUUGAUACAGUUGAUUUUCAGCCACAUAAACAAACAAUAUGACGACCAUACUGAUGAUUUUUUCUGCUAUUAUUGCUAUUAAUAUUAGCCUAAUUAAAACUUAUUUUCUAAAUAUGUGAUACAGAGAAACACAUUACAUAAAGAUGUCAGCUUGAACUAUUCUUUAACUGGAAGUAUUGGCGUUUGUGCACGUGACAUCCUGUGUCGAAUACACGUGAUACCAACGUCAUACUCACGUGGUGAGGUCAUGUUGCUUCAGAUCGUGACUGGAUAGUUGAACCGUUCCGCCUUGCUCUCUGAAUUGACUGAGAAAAAUAAUCAAAAAAAGAGAAGUCAGUCUGAAGAUGAGACUGUUUUAGCAUCUUGUAAUGCUCCUUCCCAUUUGACAAACACAUCGUUUCUAGACUGAAUGAGACUAAAUAUGUUGAAAUCGUGUACAAAACGUGUUGUGUGUGUGCUUUUGCAAGUGUUCAUUCACUGAUUCAUUUUCUCUCCCUUUUACCAUACACAAUCAUAUCAGACUAAAUGUAUUUUUCCACAGUACUUUAUAUAAAACAGAAAUAAACUAUUGCAUAACGAA